AUGACCAUUUCUCUACAUCUCCCUCCAGAGGUCCUCGCCACAUGGCCAACACCGAACUAUAUCAACCCUCCGACUAGAGGCCCUGGGCUGGAGGUAGUUUCCAUUCUCUUCAGCAUCGUAGGUCUUGCAGUUGUGGCUACCCGAAUAUAUUCGCGGUUGCUGAUCACUCGAGCUCCGGGGUGGGAUGAUUUCCUGAUCGUCGUGGGACUCGCCUUCAGUAUCGCCGCGUCUGUUAUGACCACUAUCGGCAACAAAUUGUAUUUCAGUGGGCGGCAUAUCUGGGAUGUCCCUCCAUCCACAUUCACGCCACUGCGACUGAAUGUCUGGAUUACCGAAUGGCUAGUGGUUCUUGCCGGGACCGCCAUCAAAAUCAGCGUUCUCCUGUUCUAUCGUCGUUUAAGCGUCAAGUUCCCCAGGGGAUUUCUGAUUGCCACAUGGGUUGGAAUUGUGUACAUGAUUUUAUAUGUGCUUGCAUUCACACUCACACUGCUGCUUAUCUGCCGACCAACUGAUUCAUAUUGGAAUUCCUUUACACCGAACUGGGCUGCGACUCACAAGUUUCAUUGCGCAGACCAGAGUGUCUCUAUUCCUUCGGCCGUCGGGUUGAGUGUAUUGGGUGAUUUUUACACAACCAUCCUGCCACUUCUGCUCAUUUAUAGGUUGAAGCUGCCACUGAAACAGAAGCUUGCCUUGUACAGCUUGUUUGCGCUAGGCUUUUUGGCAUGCAUUUUUGGCGUGAUCAGGCUUGUACUGCUAAACAAGCUGCUCAACGACACCUUCGACUUCACAUGGCUACUAUGGGAGAUGUGGAUUUGGUCCGUGGUCGAGCUAUACGUGGCAAUUUUCGCGGCCAGCGCUCCGGCACUCAAACCUUUCUUGCAGAGAUUCUUGAGCAUCUCGACGAAUGGCAUUGCAAGGAUUUCUAGACAACUCCAUGUUGACAAAGGGUUACCAGUACCCACUUUCCGCUUUGGAUCGCAUUCAUUAAGCAAUAUGACUGGCUCGUCUGAGGCGGAUGUUGAGAGCGUCGGCGGGGCCAAUAUUGGCGGCGAAAGGGGGGUGCGUGGAAGAGGUUUUUGGAGAGAUCAGGGACACCGCAUUAUCCACCACUUUCACAAAAGGCCAAGUCAAGGCCACCAGAUCACCUCAGCCCAUGUCACAGAACAGAACUCAGCCUCUGCCUUCCACCGACCAAGUUCAAAGCCCGAGAAUUGGUCUUCUAAAGUUACGACAUUGGACAAGCCUCUGCCGCUUCCACCGACCAGUAAAACUUGA